CUCAUUCAAAGCCGUCGCUUCUUUUGAUUCUAUGAGCAUAACAAGAACAACAAUUAGUACAGGAUAGUUUAUACUAGUUUAAUUUUGAAACAGAGGGGAGCACAAGAAUACGUUUACCUUUAAUAAUAUCUGAAACUGCUUCUUCAUUCCUCUCAUCCGCCAUUUUGAAUUUACGCGCCAGCAUUUCGCGCAUUAUUAUUUACACUGUAUCCCCUCCCCCGUAUAAUAAAAUAUGACUAUGACUAUAUACAUAUUUUUCGAAUUGUUUCAGGGGUGUGUGGUUAAUAACUUUUCUCCAUGAAAGGGAAAUCGAAAUAAAUUUUAAAAGUAUUUCUGUUUUGAGUACUGUUUCGGUUAGUUUGCAACCUUGUAAAUGAUGGAUGAUUUUGAGAAGAAAGAAUGCCUUAAAAUCCUGGAUCUCCUUACACUUGAUAAUUUAUUGUCAUUGACUGAUACAGUUACAGGAAGAGUCGUUACUGUAGAAAAUAAAGAAGGUAUGUAUAUAUAUGAUUAUAUGGUCAUAUAUUACCCUGGCAUUUGUGAAUAAUUGUCUGUGUCAGGGUUGUAUACGAGUAUACUAGAGACAGAUUAUCAUUGAUCGACAGAUCAUUCGUCAUCCUGGCACCCAUGAUUGAUUUUAGUCAGCCACUUUUAAUUGGCCGAUUAAAAUUAACGCUAUUCUUGCAUGUGCAGUGUCAUUAUUAAAUGAGCGAUUUUCGAUGUGUGGCAUAUCCUGAUGAGUUGGGCUGAAUGGUUUCAGGUACUGAACGUGUUUGUGUACUACAGUUCCUACAUAUACAUUUUACAUUUUAAAAACAGAAGCUGUUAAUGCUGUCAUGCUUUACACAAGAAGCAGUGAAGAGCUACUGCGGCGAAGGAAAGUGAGACGAGAAAACCUCUACCAGUACCUGGCCCAAGAAGGUCAUGUUGAACACCCAGCAGCAGAUAAAAAUACACUGCUUAAGAAGGUCUUGAAACUAUGGGGACUGAAGAAACAAGGGGUAAAUAUGGAUAAUUAGGGACUUGCUGGUGGUCCCCAGGCUUUUAGCCAGAAGGCCGUCCAAGCGUCCCCUAGAACGAAAAGUGGAUGCCUAAUUGGACGCCCAAAUUCUGGGGAGAAAGGGAAAUUAUUUUCAAUUAUUUCCCUAAGUAUAUUAAUAAAUCUGAAAUGAAAUAGCUUCAAUUCUCAUAAUUAUAAAUACAUUUGACAUUUUGAUCAAUUUGAUGGUGUACCUGGCUGAAUGAAAAUGUCAUAGUUAAGUAAAGAAGCAUAGCGGCACAAACUCACAAAGCCAAGUGUGUUUGAAAAAUUUUGAACGAGCUUGGAACAGAUACUGACAUGAAGUAACGUAAACUUCAAAGAUUUUCCAGAUGAACGUUUUCUCAUUCCCUGGCAGGAAUUGAACCUGCGACCCUGCAAUUCCGGUGCAGCACUCUAACCAACUGAGCUACAAAGGCCAGUUGUCGAGCUUGAGCUACAGAGGCCAGAACCGAGCUCCAACCACAAGUUCAUAUAUAUCCACUUUCCUCUCCUGUAGUGACACUGACCCAAUAAAGAACGGCCAUUACUGAACAUCUAGGAAGAUCAGUUUAGAACUGUUACUAGGCUGACCUGAAUAAACGCCUGUUCGCAGGCUUUGUUAGACCUAUCCAGAAUGAAUAAAGUUAAUUUUGUUUGUGUAGACCAGAAAAUAUACCAAUAUGUCAGAAUAUAAAAGAAGUUGAAAUGAAGAAUUUAAAUCAAUCUUCUCCAAAUCUUACUUUAGGGAGAUUUAAAAGAUAUGGGCGACACAGGCUUUACUUUGGCUCAACCAGGGGAUAACGUUACAGUUAAUGUCACCGAAUUAGCAACUCAGUCUGGUCAACAUGACACCCAAACAAUCACACUUGCACCCAGUGACCAAAGGGCAAACACUUCUCUAAAUGCUAGUACAGCUAAUGGAGUUAACAGUUCUAACACGAAUACUACAGAGGGUGAAAUAAUCCCAGAUGGAAACGAAGCACGGGCACUAGCUAUCCAUUUCUCCACUUGGUUUUAUAAAUUACUUGACUCGCUUGCUAACUCGUCCCCAGGGGUCGACACCCCGCCAGACUGGGGUCCGCAACACUUUUGGCAAGAUGCAAAACUUACUGUUCAGUGUGAGGAACCAUCUGGCUUGCAAGAGACAACGGUAGAAGGUGCAGAUCUUGUUAGCGAGAAAUUCCUUUCUAUGGUGGUUGUUGAUCGACUUUACUUUAACCCUAAUAUAUCAUCUGACAGCGUCAAGGGGAAACAAAAUCCACAUGGACUGGUGGUUGUGUUGGUUUGUGGGACUGUCCAUCGGCAGAAAGAAUAUUUAGGUGUGUUCGAACAAUCAUUUGGACUUAUACGUGAUCCAAGUGAAGAGAAUAAUUGGAAGAUUAAGUUCUCCAAGCUCAUGUUAAAAGCUUCCGGUUCAGGUUCAGAAAAUCGGCUCGAAAACCAAGAACCCCAAAACCAGCUCGAAGGACCAGUCUAGUAAUAUAUAUAGUUUUCUUUGUAGAUUAUUGUAGAGUUGUUGUGGCUAAUAUAGAAUAGUCUUAAAAUAGAAUUACUGUAUCAAUGUGCGGUCUCUUCUGUGUUAAAAAUUAAAGAAACC